CUGUAGCGUGUUUUUAUGACGCCGGUGUUCCUGCGACGAAAACGUAUUUUAUACACAGCGGCCUGUGCACUCGUAGGCUGUAAUUUUUUUGUCUUUGGUGGAGGUUUUGUCUCUGCAAUCCAUCACCAACAUGAAACUCGUACGCUUUUUGAUGAAACUCAGCCACGAGACUGUGACAAUAGAGCUGAAGAAUGGAACCCAGGUCCAUGGAACUAUCACAGGUGUGGAUGUGAGUAUGAACACUCACCUGAAGGCGGUGAAGAUGACUCUGAAGAACCGUGAGCCCACCCAGCUGGAGAGCCUCAGUAUCCGUGGGAACAACAUCAGAUACUUCAUCCUGCCGGACAGCCUGCCGCUGGACACCCUGCUGGUCGACAUAGAACCCAAAGUCAAGUCCAAGAAGAGAGAAGCUGUGGCUGGGCGUGGAAGGGGCAGAGGCAGAGGGCGUGGCAGGGGGAGGGGCCGAGGCAGGGGAGGGCCCAGGAGAUGAUCGCCAUGACUACACGGCUGUCAGUCAUGUCCUACUGUUUGUACAGCAACGUCUUUGUUUUGUUGUAAUUUUUCGGAGGAAACUUUUGUGAAUCCCGAGCCUGGUUUUUGUUUCUUAUUUUGUAUGUUAAAGAUGUUCCACAUGGCAGAGAAGUGUCUUGAGUGCUUUAUUGUCAUACUUGCCUUGGUUGAUGUGCAAUUGUGCAUGUGUAGUUGGUCCAGUUGUUAGCAGUGAUUGGUUGUUUGCAAACUAACGCCUCUCUUUAGAACAGAUGUUUUUGUUGAACAUGUGAAAGAGCUGUCAUUUGACUCACUGAUUUGCAUACUGUUACUACUGCUUUUUGAGCUCCAGACAACGAUUAUCUGUAGAUAAGUUCUUAAAACAUUCUCUGAAGAUAGUAAUUCCUCACUGCAGGAACAAUAGAUGGUGAGGAGGGAGCCUCAUUCUGGUCCACAUGCAUUUUUACAGUGCAAUUAAAUAAAAUAAAAGUUUGAACGCCUAUCACGAUCUGACCUAAUGGCAGGCAACUUUUUAGGCUUUACGUUAGAUAUUUGCACACAAAACAAUCAUGGCUUUAGGCACUACUGAACGAAGAGCCGGUUCGGAGCCAAAUUAACAGCUCUUUUUGCUGAAUGGAGCCACAUGAUCCAGCUCACUGAACUCGGAAUGCUCAUCACUAGUUAGAACUGUAGCUAACUGAACAUCUAUCAGGUAUUAUGCAUUUAUUGGUGGGCUGACUGGAUUUUUCACCCUAUAAAUAAAUGUUUUAGCGACAUUAAAUGUACAUUUGGUUGUUUGUGCAUCAACACGUUUACCAUAUAUCCACCACUGGUAACCCAGCAGUAGGACCACAGGUGAAUAAUGCCCCCGUGUGGUAAGAUGUCAAACCAACUAAAGAAUUACGAUGAACAAUAUGAUUUGGAAGACAAGAUGUAUUAGGACUAUAAAACAACUUUUUGUCCCCUGAAACACUAUUUUUAAACAAAUGCAACUU